AGGGUAGAAGAAAAAAAACGUGUCCAUGAAAGUAUUUUAUUUUUAAAGAAAAAAUAACUGUAGCCACAAACUUAUACGGAGGUUUACAGUAAUGCCAUAAGUUGUCCUUUCAUUACAACCUUUCUCCUUUUUGCUCUAAAAAAGUCAAAAGUAAAUCGUUAAUAKUAAGGGGUACGUUGAACAAAACAUGUACUAAAAAAUGGGUAAAGCCAUCAGUUCCAAUUAUUUUAAAAGCUUUUUUAUUUGGUUGUYGCUGUGUCCUUUUGCAAACAAAAACAGAUUACUGUAAAUGUCCAAAACUGGGACUAAAAGGACAAAAAGAGGAGGAUGUUGUAAUUUAUAUAGCAAUCCAUUAACAAAUUUGAGAAAGUCAGUUCAAAAACUGUAAAACACGACUUUGCGGGGCUUCACUGAAUUUUCUCYUGGCUGCUCAAAAACAAUGUUUUUCUGUUUAUGAGGUUCUAUUUUCGGGGAGGCUGUGGCUGAGUGGUUAGUGGAGUCAUCCUCCAAUGCAAGAGUUGGGGGUUCCUCCUCAAAGUGUCCCCGGGCAAGACAUUGAACCGCAACAGCCUCUGAUGUGUGUCCCAUCAGUGUACAGUAUGAAUGUGAUUYAAGCACYGACUAAUGAACAGUCUGGAUUAGCUUUGUAGACAGAGUGCUGUGUGGCUGGGUAAAUGGGGGCACAGAUUGUAGUGUGAAGUGCUUUGAGUAUCCUGGUUGGAUACUGUGUAUCCUGGGUUGCCUUUGCCCCCCUGAACCAUAAAAUGGCUGUGCCUCUGUGAAGGAACCUUUAGUGGCCCYCAACGCCGUGUUGUGAUUUUUCUCUCCAGUCCAGGUCACAAAUAUUGAUCGAGCUCUCUUCAAUUAACCUGAGUGCUGUUCACCUUCCCCAUACUCCUAAACCCCAGAACAAAAGGAUGUGUACAGUAUAGGGGUGGGGGACUAGAGUAUUUUUUUUGUUCUUGGCGAUUUGGGGGAGUCAAAGGUCAUCUUUAUUAGCUGUACACAAUCACUGCAUCUAAACCUUUAUCAGGCCACGACUUGAAGGCAAAGUUCAUCAAAUAUCAGUAUGUCUUGAGUCUUGAGAAGGUUGGAUUAAUCAGUGAUAAAUUCUGCUUUAUGACCAUGUUGAGAACAUAUUAAGGGGCAACCUUGUCUUUCCGAGCUGCUCACAGUUCUUCACAGUGGCCUCAGGAUGUUGACGUUAGUCCUGCUGUUCCUGACUCUGUCAGGCCUCCAAGCUCUUCCAAUCGCAGCCCCCAAACAGCCAGUACUUCCAUCAAUCCAUCAACUCCCUGAAGACUGCUUGCGGGGUGCYGGACAUUCAGACACACGUGGGCCCGUUCCUGGUGGCUUCAGACAAGGCACCGAGCCCUCCAGGAAAUUCCUCGUCGACCUGAACACCGGUCUGGUGAAGGAGCACGUCAGUGAGAUGGACAGGAGAGUGGUUGCUGACAUUCCAGCAAAGAAGCAUGGUGAAGGUUGGGUUCGUGAAGAAAACCCCCCUGCUCCUCAUCUCCCAGUUAGAUUCAGACAGGGAACUGAACCAAAAAUGAUGAUCCCAGUUAGAUUCAGACAGGGAACUGAAACAGAAGACGUGAUCCCGGUUGAUUUCAGACAGGGAACGGAACCAGAACAUGUGAUCCCAGUUAGAUUCAGACAGGGAACGGAACCAGAACAUGUGAUCCCAGUUAGAUUCAGACAGGGAACGGAACCAGAAGACGUGAUCCCGGUUGAUUUCAGACAGGGAACGGAACCAGAACAUGUGAUCUCAGUUAGAUUCAGACAGGGAACGGAACCAGAACAUGUGAUCCCAGUUAGAUUCAGACAGGGAACGGAACCAAGACCAGUGAUGCCAGUUGAUUUCAGACAGGGAACAGAACCAAGACCAGUGAUGCCAGUUGAUUUCAGACAGGGAACGGAACCAAGACCAGUGAUGCCAGUUGAUUUCAGACAGGGAACAGAACCAAGACCAGUGAUGCCGGUUGAUUUUAGACAAGGAACUGAACCAAGACCAGUGAUGCCAGUUGAUUUUAGACAAGGAACUGAACCAAGACCAGUGAUGCCGGUUGAUUUCAGACAGGGAACAGAACCAAAAAUGGGGAUUGCAGUAGGUUUCAGACAGGGAACAGAACCAAAAAUGGGGAUUGCAGUAGGUUUCAGACAGGGAACAGAACCAAAAAUGGAGAUCCCGAUUGGUUUCAGGCAAGGGACAGAACCAGAAGACCCAACAUACGCAGCACGCUGUARGGGCAAGAUCAUCAACGAUAAAUGCUACCAGUUCAACCCCAUGCCACUGGCCUUUAAAGAUGCCCAGGCCUUGUGCAGAAAUUCUGCCCCCAAAGCUGAGCUUGCGUCUAUAACCAACAGUGAUCUGCAUACAGGUCUAGUUUCUCUGGUGACCAACAGUGGCCAGAGUAACCCUGUGUUGACCUGGCUGGGAGCCAUCAUCAAGAACCAACAGGCCUCGUGGGUUGACGGGUCAGAAUGGAGUUACUCUGACUGGAUGCCGGGUCACCCCAACAUCCACACAGACAAGCCGGUCUGUGUAGAGAUGUUUAAGAUAGGCGAGAGCUGGUGGACGGCUGCCGACUGCGAGUUCAAGAGGGCGUCCAUCUGCUCUUUUCCCAUCUUUGCAUGAAAAACACAGAAWCAAGACAUGCGUCUCCAAAUCCAGUGAAAUGUUCCACAAGUUUGGGAUACCUACCGCAUCGUUUGUGUCUCCUUAAAUAAAACAUGCCAUUUUA